GUCUCUCUUUCCAUCAAAGGCAGGAAGGCAGGAGACGCUUUGCUGUCAUCAUCUAGAUAACUGCUGCAGAAUAGACAAUGACGAUAACUUUCCUCCCUUAUAGUGAUUUCGAAAAGACUGCUCGUUGUUUGGACGAUCAGAGACUGAGUUCUUCCAAGAAAGAAGGAUGGAUCAUUUUGAGGGCACUUCGAAUGUCGGACGAACCCAAAUACGCGUGUGUUAGCAAGGCUGGCUAUUGUCUCAUGUGGAAAGGAUACGAAGAUGCCCUGGUUUGCUACUUGAAUGUGUUAAUGUUGGAAUGGGCGAGACGAGGCAAGAAUAACGACAAGAUCAGGCCGUUCCAGAAAGACAACGGAUUGGAUGUCGACAUGAAGACCACGGUCAUGCCACCAUGGCUGGGCUACGAGAUACUUCAUUCCUAUCAUCGACAUGCUCUCUUGGCCAAAAAUCAAGCGCAUUACCAGGAAUUUGAAUGGAAAGAAGACGGAAAGGACUACAUUGGUUCUUACAUGUGGCCCGUAGAACUGGAGGAUGCUACUUGGAUAUUGCGAUGGCCAAAGGCGACAAAACGAGAUCCAAUCCCCGUCAUUACCGUCUGCGCUUCUCCCCCGAGAAGCAUGCGAAAACGUGAACCUCGAGUUGUGACACCGACCACUGAACGUCCAAUGAAGAAACGAACCAAACAAACAGAAGAACAAACUGGCAGCAAUAAACGACGAAUGACGCUGAGAAGUGAUGCUAGACGGUCCACUCGAAGUCAAGGAAAGUAGAGUCUAGAAGUAUGAUAAAGAUGGAUUUUUCAGACGCUUCUAGAAAGUUGCAUGUAAAUGCUCAGACAGAUUCAA